AUGUCUUUCUUCCGCAUCACCCUUCAUCGCUCCGCCAUCGGCCUUCCCGAGCGCACACGAGGUGUCCUCGCCGCUCUAGGCCUGCGCCGUCGUAUGCAGACCGUCUUUCAUCCCGUUCACCCACAGUUCGCUGGUAUGAUCCUCAAGGUGAAGGAGCUGGUUCGUGUUGAGGAGGUGGAUCGCGCCCUGAGCAAAAGAGAAGUGAAGGCUGCGCGGACGCCGGAUCCCGGGUUUUAUGUUGAAAAGGCUGUGCCAAGAAUGUAA